CUCUCCUACCCGCUACCUCACUACCACCGCCAUCAAUGCGAUCCAUAUGCUCUCCUCCUUAAAACCCCCCUGCGCCAUCCUCCACCACCACCUCCGCCGCCGUCAGAGACCACCACUCCACACAUCGUGUUAUUUGAGAUUCCGGCGAGCCGGCCGGCCGGAGACGAGGAGGAUGGUGUUCUUCUGCUUCUUGGUGGACCAGAGGAGGAAGGUCCGGAGCAGCAAGCCGGCGGCGGGGAUCUGCUCGCGGUGCGGCGGGUGCGCGAGCGUGGCGGACAUGGAGACGGCGACGCGCUUCUGCUACCUGCUCACCGUGCACAGGGCCACGUGGCGCGCCAUCAUCUGCACCUUCUGCGGCGCCAUGCUCAAGUCCUACCGCCACUACAGGCUCUACGCCAGCUAGCUCUACGCUACCUACGAUCGCCGGCCGCCGGCGGUGAUGGCCGGAGAGAGAGAGAGGAGGAGGCGACCUACUUGCUGCGUACGUCUCUGUGCUCUCUGCGAGGUGUGCUUGUUGCGUUGGGCCUUGGCUACUAGUACUACUAUUGGAGGAGUAUUAAUUAAUUGGCUUUGUUGAUUUCUUGCAAAAUGCUAAGCUUUGCAUGCAGCUUGUAAUCCCUGUGCAUGUAGUAUGUUGUACAUAUGCUGGAGAUGAAGAGAGGAAGUUGAUUAAAUUUUUGUUACCGGUUUCAUUAGCAGAGCCUAUGUGUGAUCGAUCUUUUAAUUAUUUCUUCUAAUAGAAUUAUAGAAAAGAUCAGGGAGGUUAUGAUA